GAGCUGCACAGCAAUUAAAUCACUCCAGCUACUAGCCAGGGAGUGGCUAGAUUAUCUUCAGCAUGGCGCACAUGCUUAUGUCUUUGCGCGCAGUCAACCAUCGAUUGACUAAUUUGCCUGUCGAGAAGCUCCCUCAAGUUGCUGCUUCCCUCGCAGCCUCGUUGACAGAAUGCGGGGAGCUUCUGUCGGCCCCUCAGUCGCAGAGGACGAACAAGGGGGAUUCGGAAACGGCCGUUCAGAUUCAUAAGCUGGUGACUCGACUUACCAGUUUGUUGCAGGAUAGGACCUGCGAGGGUCGAUGGACUGCGGUGGUGCUGGUGAAGGCGCUGGUCGAAGCCGGCCAGUGGGAGAUGCUUCGAGGGAGUGAGCCAUUUGUUCGCGGCCUGAUGAGCAUCUUGAAUAAAUCCGACCCUGUCACUACCAAGGUGAUGGCCGUCAUCGCCCUGACUCGAAUUUUCCACCUUACCUACCAGUACCCGACAUUGGUCCGCGAGAUUACUACCCCAUCGCUGCCUGGAUUCAUUACCUCGACCUUGAAUCUCAUCUCUGUCAAGCCAUCCUCAGAGCCCACCCGGAGGCUGAAGCCCCAUACUCCAUUCUUGGAAGUCGUUCUUCAUGCGCACGCUGAGCUUAUCGCUCGACAUCCCACUAUCUUCCGGCCCUUUACGUCGCAAAUCCAUAGUAUCCUGCAAGCUAUUGUUGGAUCGACGUCUCCGUCAUUCCCACAACCCGUGGUGGAGGUAGCAGAGCAGUUGUUCAUUGCCCUUCACACCUGUGCCCCCAAGAAUACAGGCGGGGAAGAAUGGAAGAAUGCUUGCCGCAUGACGAUUACUUCAAUCCAUACUACCUCGAAUCAUGUCUUGAGAGCUAUUGUUGAACAGUGGGAAUCUGUUGACCCCGAACUACGACAACAAGUCUUACACCCUGGUGACUACGCUCGGGAGAUGGGCAAUGCUGAGGUUGACCCACUGGGGCUCUGCGGUUGGCAAGGGUUAGAUUCUGGAGUUCGCAGACUGGUUAUUCUUUUACGGAUGCUUUCGGCCUUUUUAUCGACGGCUACAGCGUCUACAGUUGCGAUCCCCGUGGGAUCUAUUCUAGAUUUAACCACACGGCUGAUGUCUGUGACCGUCCCGUCUGACGCAAGCAAUGUGCAGGCCAACCCACAAAUCAGUCGGACGGAGAGGGAGCACCUCUUCGCGGAGUUGCCACGAAUCCACAGCGCAACCGCCAAGGUCCUUCAGACUCUCGUUAAUACGUUGGGGACAGGCGUUGUCCCGGUGGCUCAGACGAUUUUGGAGCAGACUCUUUGGGUGUUCCGGGCGGAAAAGUUCAGCAGGGAAGUCCGGGCCUCCGUGUAUGAUUUGAUCCAAGCGUUGGUCGCGCAUGUCGGCCAGUCCAUGACCAAGAAAAAUGUCUCCUCACUGGCCGACAUAUUACGAACCUGCUGCUUGGAUCUUUUGCCGCCGGAGCGCGACGCAAAGGAGGCAUCUUCGGACUCGAAAGGAAAAUCCAAGACAAACCCGGGCGCCGUCAAUGCGGAUUUCUUCCUCAACCCUAAUCUCAAGCAAGGCCGCCAAACAAACACAUCCUCGAAUUUCCCCAUCCUUACAGAAGCUGCCUCAGACCUUCUUCCGGUUGUACUCAGCUAUCUGCCGACGGAAUUCAUCUCACCUCCCCUUCGCGCCGAAAUUGACAGUACAAUCAUCAUGACCUCCGACAAGAAGGCAAUGUUUGCUAGUGUUUUGAAUCCUUUACCAGCUGUCAAGGGGCGCGGAGCGAACGUUAGCAUCAUGCCUUUCUUGGCCAGAAGCUAUGCCUCAGAUCUGGAAGUGGAAGGCCUUAUCAGACCUCGAAUGCCUGUUUUGACAAAUGCGAACAGCAUUGGCCAAUAUAAUACUCUAGAAGACGACGAGGAAGAAGAUGAGCCCAUGUCCACCACCCCUGCGCCCCAUGUUGCUCUGAAUACCAGUGGGUUCCUCAAGCCCUCUUCGACCCCAAAUCUUCACCAAGAUCUCAUGGACGUUGACGCACCUCAACAACAACCUACCCCGAUCUCAAACAAGCGCCAUUACGCGGAAGAGUCCGACGCAGCACGGACGCAUGUGCCCACUGGUGUAGCGGAAAAUGUCACGGAGGCAGCACAAGGAAAGAAGGCUCGCUUCGAUGGCAAUAUUUUAGCAUCUGCUCGGGACCCAACCUCUCCUGAUUCUGCUACCUCUGCGAGAACCUCGGCUGCCUCUGCGCUAGUAUCCACCGCACCAGAUAAAACCACUGUCGCAGUCCAAACCCUUUCAGCCAAGAAGGGCGUAUCCAUGCCUAGCGCUAGCGCUGCGCCUACUGUUGGUCAGGUUGGGUCUGUGAAUGCAGCGCUCUCAGAAGGAGAUGGAAGUGACGAUGAGAUGCCGAGCUUGAACAUCGAUCCAGACACUGAUAGUGAAGCAGAAGAGGAUGAGUGAUACCGGAAAGCCAAAACGGAUACUAGACUAGGGUAUUUGGAUAUAAACAUGAAAAAUGGGAUUUAUCUUACUGUGAUUAAAUUAAAUCCAUAACUAAUUGAUGUGAGAAAUGUUAUUCCAAAAAAAAAU